AUUGAUGGUUAAAAUAUUUUAAUCGAUUACUACUGUUCGAUAUAAAUCAAUCUCAAGUUUUGAAAAUUUUUGAACUUUUCAUUUCAUCUGAAAUUUGACUAGAAGAAAAAAAAAUAUGUCAACCUAUAAUUUUGAAAAUGAUCCAUUUGCUGAUCCAGCAAUAACAGCUGCAGCCAAUUCUGGACAAAGAAAUUCCAAUAACAAUGCAAUAUCAGCCGCUUCUGAUGCAUUCGAUUAUAAUCCAUUUGCAAAUCAACCGACAGUAACGACCACAGCAACAACAACAACCGCUACGAAUGUGGAUCCAUUUUCACCAACAUUAGAAACAGCACCGGCUUCAACAGCAAUCACAUCACCAACUACAGCCAUAUUAAGUCCAACAAAUGUUAAUUUAUCAUAUAAUAAUCCACCACAACAGCAACCAACAAAUUCAUCAUCAUCAUCAUCAAACAAUAUAACAGCUGAACAGCUUAGACAACGUCAAGAAGAAUUGGAUCGUAAAGCAGCCGAAUUGGCCGCAAGAGAAGCUGAACUUCAUCGUGCACAACGUUUGAAUACAAGAGAGAAUAAUUUUCCACCAUUACCAAGUUUUUUUCCAUGUCAACCAUGUUUUUAUCAAGAUAUUAAUGUUGAGAUUGAAAUUAAUUUUCAGAAUAUCGUACGUCAAGUUUAUCAAUUAUGGAUGUUCUAUAUCAUAGCUUUGUUGGUCAAUUUUAUUGGAUGUUUAUUUGCAUUCAUCGAAGGUAUACCGGAAAGUGCAGGAAUGUUUAGUUUUUCAUUGGUUACCAUUGUGUUGUUUACACCAUUAUCAUUCAUCUGUUGGUUUCGACCAUUAUACAAGGCUUUCCGAGAUGAUAGCUCGUUCAAUUUUAUGAUUUUCUUUUUUGUUUUUUUCUGUCAAUUGGUUCUAUCAUCUGUUUGGGCUUUAGGAUUACCUGGUUCUGGUGGAAUUGGCCUAAUUCAAACAUUGAAAUAUUUUUCAACAUCUGGAAUAUCUGGCUGGUUUCGUAUAAUUUGUUUAUUAUGUACGUUUGUUCUAUCCUGUUAUGCUUUGGCAUCGGUUUAUAUUCUAAUCAAGGUACAUGGUAUUUAUCAUAAAAGCGAUCUUAGUAUCCAAAAAGCACAGGCUGAAUUCACUUCAAGAGUGAUGAGUAAUGAACGUGUACAACAAAUGGCAACAAAUGCAGCUCAACAAGCUGCAAGACAAGCAAUGAAUCAGGCAUUCAAUCCACAACAACAACAACAACAACAAUCUGAAGGUGGUGGAUUUCGUUAUUGAAAAAAAAAUUCGUUAAAAUCAU